GUUGGAGGGACAACCGCUCCCAUUUGAAGUGUUAGAAUAGAAGGGGCAGGGUUUUGGGGAGAAUAAAAAGUCAGUUCAUUUGGUUAAACGGAGGAUUCAACUCUGUACAAGUCAGAUACGAUUAUGACGACCGAAGGAACGUUCUUGCGGCGGCGUGGGGGCCCACAUAGGACAGAACCAGCCACUGACCUGAGCUGUUGGAGGCUGACUAAUGUGGAGGGCAGGCAGACAUGGCAGUAUGUGAAGGAUGAAACAACCAGAGAGCAGACUAUGCUAGAGGCUCAUUCACUAGGAUUAGACACGAGUAAGUUUGUGUCUGACUCUGCACCUGCCCUGACAGCUGUGGAUGCAGCUCUGAAAGGUAUGCAGUUCUACAGUCACCUCCAGGCAGAGGAUGGCCACUGGGCAGGAGACUACGGUGGGCCUCUCUUCCUGCUUCCAGGUCUUCUGAUAACAUGUCAUGUGGCUAAGAUCCCCCUGCCCGAUGCCUGGAAGAAGGAGAUGGUGAGGUACCUUCGCUCCGUUCAGCUGCCAGAUGGAGGCUGGGGUCUACACAUAGAAGAUAAGUCUACUGUCUUUGGCACAGCGUUGAACUAUAUCUCUCUGAGGAUCCUGGGGCUCGAGCCUGAUGAUCCAGAUAUGGUUCGUGCCAGAAACAACUUGCACAGUAAAGGUGGUGCUGUGGGGAUUCCUUCAUGGGGUAAAUUCUGGUUGGCCAUUUUAAAUGUCUACAGCUGGGAAGGAAUGAACACGCUCCUUCCAGAAAUGUGGUUGUUCCCAGAAUGGAUGCCAGCCCACCCCUCCACACUUUGGUGUCACUGUCGGCAGGUCUACCUCCCCAUGAGCUACUGCUACGCUGUCAGACUGACAGCAGAGGUGGACUCACUGAUCCUCAGCCUCAGACAGGAGCUUUACAUUCAGGACUAUACCACCAUUAACUGGCCUGCUCAGAGGAACAAUGUGGCAGCAUGGGAUAUUUACACUCCUCACAGUACAUUACUCAGCGUUGCCUACUUGUUCUUAAAUGUCUAUGAAGCCCAUCACAGCACCAUAAUGAGAGGAAAAGCUGUCAAGGAGCUGUAUGAUCACAUCCAGGCUGAUGACCGCUUCACUCAUUGUAUCAGCAUUGGGCCGAUUUCCAAAACCAUCAAUAUGUUGGUUCGCUGGUAUGUGGACGGUCCCUCUUCUCCAGCUUUUCAGGAGCAUGUAUCCAGGAUCCCAGACUACCUGUGGUUGGGAUUAGACGGCAUGAAAAUGCAGGGGACCAAUGGCUCACAGCUGUGGGAUACCUGUUUUGCAGUACAGGCUUUCCUUGAGGCAGGAGCCCAGGAUAACCCCAGACUAGCUGAGUGCCUUCAAGAUGCUCAUCGGUUUCUUACCAUUACACAGAUUCGUGAGAAUCCUCCUGAUUAUCAGAAGUACUAUAGACAAAUGAACAAGGGAGGAUUCCCCUUCAGUACACGUGACUGUGGGUGGAUUGUGGCUGACUGCACAGCGGAGGGCUUGAAGUCAGUGUUGCUGCUACAGGACCUCUGUCCGUUCAUCAGCCAGCCAUUCAGCCCGGACCGCUUAUAUGAUGCCGUCAAUGUGCUGCUAAGCAUGAGAAAUUCAGACGGUGGCUUUGCUACAUAUGAAACUAAGAGAGGAGGGAAGCUCCUAGAGUUGCUCAACCCUUCUGAGGUGUUUGGGGACAUUAUGAUUGAUUACACCUAUGUGGAGUGUACCUCUGCAGUGAUGCAAGCCCUGACGCACUUUCAGAAGACCUACCCUGAGUACCGUGCUGAGGAGAUAAGAUUAACACUUAAAGAGGGUUUGCAGUACUGCAGGAAGACGCAACGACCUGAUGGGUCCUGGGAAGGGUCUUGGGGAGUUUGUUUCACAUAUGGAACAUGGUUUGGCCUUGAAGCCCUCGCUUGUGUGGGUCAUAUCUACAAGGAUGAGUCAGUGUGUGUAGAGGUGCAGAAAGCGUGUCAGUUCCUGUUGGAUCGACAGAUGCCAGACGGAGGUUGGGGGGAGGACUUUGAGUCAUGUGAGCAACGGCAGUAUAUCCAAAGUAGUGCUGCUCAGAUCCACAACACCUGCUGGGCUUUGUUAGGUCUCAUGUCUGUAAGACAUCCUGACAGACGGGCCAUUGAAAGAGGAGUACAGCUCCUGAUUGAAAAGCAGCUGCCUAAUGGAGACUGGCCACAGGAGAAUAUUGCAGGUGUAUUCAACAAGAGCUGUGCUAUCAGUUACACCUCCUACAGAAAUGUCUUCCCAAUCUGGACUCUGGGUCGCUUCUCAACACUUUAUCCUUCUAGUCCUUUAGCUGGUAAAAUCAAGCUCUGAGGACUAUCACCAAACACGUUGUCUUCAACUAAAUUCAUUUAAACAAAGGUAUUUCCUGUUUUAGCAGAACUAUCCUGUUUAGAAGUUCUACAAUAAAAAUUUCUGUGUAAUUGUGAGAAGUUUGCGUUGGACUCUGUUUUAGAUGAGGGCUGGUGAUUUUUGAUGUCAAGUACUCUGUUCGGUAAUCCCACUCUCAUAAUGCGUCACAAAUGCCAGAGUAAAUGCACCAAAAUUUUCAUGGAAUUAAAAAAACUUAGAAUUUUGACUUGAUUUUCCAAGUUCAGUACUGUGUCCUUUCCGAGUGUCCUGCUGUCCUGCUGCUGUCUGUGUAUGUGACACAGAGUGACAGGGACCUGAAUGAAUGAAGGAAUGAUUUAUUUAUUUUUAAAAUGGGACAGUUCGUAUUAAUGAACAUUUAUACAGAACUCCAAGAGAUUAUAGUCAUACGACUAAUUUCCAUUUCGAGUCCCAUUCAUGUUGACUUCAUGUUGUUUUUAGAUGCACUUUAGAAAUGUAUAAACAAAUGGCAA